AUGAGGAGAUCCAAGCGCUGCACAGGUGAGGAGAAAAUAUGGAAAUAUGAGCAGGAAGGUUUAGUGCCCUUCGUGGUGGACGCAGUCUAUGCCAUGGCUCACGCCAUACAUAACCUACUGAAAGACCGGUGCGGACGGGACGGCAAUAAGAUGUGUCACCCGAAGGAGUUCAUCAAAGGCUCCGAUUUACUCCAACAUAUUCGUAGCGUUUCCUUCAAAAGCCUUCAGGGGAACGGUAUGGUGGUUAAAUUCAACGCUGACGGCGACGCACCGGGAAGUUAUGAUAUAUUUCAGUACCAAAGAGUCGCCAAAAGGAGUCACAGUCGGAGGUCUCACGACUCGGGUGACGAAUCGGCCGGAUUUGACUACGUGUCCAUUGGGGAGUGGGCUAACGACAGGUCAGUCAUCACUUUCAUAUUAACCGAUAAUCUCUAAACUUUUCAUUUCAAAAGC